CCCAGCUAAGCUCCACUCCUGGUCCUGACUCUGCUUGGGUAAACUUCCCUCUCCCUGGGUUUUACUUACCCUUUCUUUCAGGUCUUCCUCUUCUGGGGUAGGAAAAGCACCUGGCAUUAUGGAAGAAUAGCACAUAUAAGAUGAAAUAUGAAGCAUCAGCUUUCAAGCCUGAGCAAUAGAACUCAGCAGUGACAACCCAACUUGGCUUAACUGAGACUCAGUGAACCCAGGCUCUCCACACUUCUCUGAUCCUAGAAUCUUCAACUCCAGCUACAAUGCUGGGUCAGGCACUUUUCAGAUUUGGUCAAAGGCUGCUACGCAGACGUCAGCUGGAACAUUUGGUGACUGAGGAUGUCCCAUGCAGAAGACUGAACACUUUGGAUUUAGUGGCCCUGAGUGUUGCAGUGGGUGCAGUUAUAUAUGUCAUAGCUGGUGAAGUGGCUAGAGAUAAAGCCAGACCAUCCAUUGUGAUCUGCUUUUUGGUGGCCGGCCUAACUUCUGUGCUGACGGGGCUGUGCUAUGCAGAGUUUGGUGCCCGUGUUCCCCAUUCUGGCUCUGCAUAUCUCUACAGCUAUGUCACUAUAGGUGAACUCUGGGCUUUCAUCAUUGGCUGGAACCUCAUCUUUUCCUAUGUUGCUGGUACAGCCAUUGUGGUCUUUGCCUGGAGCUUAGCUUUUGACAACCUGUUUGGGAACCAGAUCUCUCAGACCCUGCAUGAAAACAUCUUACUGCAUGUUCCCCAGGUCCUUGCAGAAAUUCUAGGCUUCUGUGUUGUGGCCCUUGUGUUGUUGCUCAUCGGAUUGCUGACUCUGAGGGCAAGAGAGUCAGGACUGUUUACCAAAGUAGUCACAUUGGUGAGCCUUUUAGUUCUCAGUUUUGUCAUCAUCUCUGGUUUCAUUAAGGGGGACCUGCACAACUGGAAGCUCACAGACAAGGACUACGUAAAGGCUGGACUCAAUGACACCUCAAGCUUGGGGCCUCUGGGCACUGGAGGAUUUGUGCCUUUUGGCCUCAAUGGGAUUCUCCAUGGAGCAGCUACCUGUCUGUAUGCAUUUAUAGGUUUUGACAACAUUGUUACCAAAGUUGAAGAAGCCCAGAACCCCCAGCAUUCCAUCCCUAUGGACAUUGUGAUUUCACUGUUCAUCAGCACUUUGAUGUAUUUUGGUGUCUCUUCAGCACUUACACUUAUGGUUCCUUACUACCAGCUUCAACCUGGGACCCCCUUGCCUGAGGUAUUUCACCAUAUUGGCUGGGCCCCUGCCUACUAUGUUGUAGCUUUUGGAUUUUUCUGUAGUCUUUCUGCCAGCCUCUUGGGCUAUAUGUUCCCCAUACGUCAGCUGAUAUACAUGAUGGCAAAGGAUGGCCUCCUGUUCUCUGUCCUUGCCAGGAUCCAAAUUGGCACAUACAUCCCCAUAAUGGCCACUGUGAUCUUUGGCAUUAUCACAGCAAUCAUGGCAUUCUUCUUUGGACUCACUGAUCUUCUGGACUUCAUGUCAAUUGGGACACGGCUAGCUUACUCCCUGGUGGCUUUUUGUGUUCUCAUCCUCAGGUAUCAGCCUGAGGUGAAGAAAGGGGGAAAUGAAGCAGACAUGCAGGAUGAGAGUGGACCUGCAGAAGAGAAGCUGACUCUACAGGGACUACUUUUUCCAGGCAGUUCCACCCCCACUCCACUUUCUGGCCGGAUUGUCUAUGUUUGCUCCUCACUGCUUGCUCUGCUGCUUACUCUUCUUUGCCUGGUGCUGGCCCAGUGGCCAGUUCUGCAUUCUGGAACUGCAGUGUGGAUUUCAUUGGUUGUGCUGCUCCUGGUGCUCAUCACUGGGAUCACUGGGGUCAUCUGAAGACAGCUGCAGAGCUCCAGUCCCCUUCCCUUUAAGGUCCCUGCUCUGCCUCUCCUCCCACUACUGAGUGUCUUUGUGAAUGUUUACCUUAUGAUGUGGAUGACAGCUGGCACCUGGGCCCCAAUUGGUUUCUGGAUGCUGAUUGGGUUUGCUAUCUACUUUAGCUAUGGGAUCCAAUACAGCCUGGUUGCUGAAUCCCACUUAAGUUAGCGCUAAACUGUAGAACUUGUACUCAGGAAUGCAGUACAUAUUUGUUUUGACAUCAUCACACCUGAAUGCAGUCCGGUCCCCUGCACAAUAAUGGUGAAUACUUUUGGGCACAUGGAAAGCUAGGCCUCCCAUGGCAUAUUGUUUGGGGGAACAUGAAUAGAGUCAUGUAUUUAUUGUGGAGCAAAGAAUAUGUCUUUACAUUUCCUUCCUUUUUUUUUUUUUUACUUGUUUCAUUAUCAGUUGCAUCCAUAAUUGCUUACCGGCUUUAGAAAAUAUUAUUAAAAUAAACUAGAAAAGGUGUUUUUGUUUUCCUUGGAUAAAUAUUCAGUUGUUGAAAUAGUGUAUUUAUGGUAGUUCUAUUUUACUUUUUUGAGGAACUUCAAUACUCUUUUCCACAGUGGCUGCACCAAUUUACGUUCCCAAUAACAGUGUACAAGUGUUCCUUUUUCUC